AUGUGUAUAAUGCAUCGUUUAGAACACGGAGAACAAACGUAUUCGUCCGACAAACAAACGGCUCUUGAAGAUCGUUAUUAUAAUAAUCAAAGUUUUCAAGAGGAUUAUCCGGUUAAUGAUCCAAAUGUAAACCAUGCAGCAACAAAAAUUCAAGCACAAUUUCGUGGGCAUAAAGCAAGACGAGAUUUAGAAAAAAUAAAACAAGAACAUCAACAAAUAAAUGAUUCUGAUCAACAAAAAACAUCUUAUGAUUAUGAACAAUUAACAACAGGAAAUGAUGAAUAUCAACAAUCAUCAUCUGUAGCAAGUACACCUUUAAAACAAGAAAAUGAAUAUGAUGAAAAUAUUGAUGAUGAAGAACUUACGGAGGAAGAAAAACAUAAGCAAGAACGUGCUGCUAUAUCGAUUCAAGCACAAUUUCGUGGUUUUCAAGCUCGAAAACAUCUACGAGACCCAUUUGAUCAUACAGAUGAAGAAAAACAAUAUUUUCAUCAGGAUCAACAGGAAUUUGACAAUGAUCAUGACAAAACAUCUAUUUCCAUAGACAAAAACAACAAUACUGAUCGACCACAUCUUGAACGUGAACCAACACAAUUAAGUGACGAUUUUGAACUACAUAAAGGUGUAUUACGUGAUAUAAAUUAUAAUCGAGAACAUCAAGAAGAAUUUAUUAACGACGAAGACGAUAUGAGUGAUCCAAAUCUUGAUAAGGCAGCUACACGUAUUCAAGCAUCAUAUCGUGGUUAUAAAACUCGAAAAGAAUUAGGUUCAGGCGGUGGUCAUUCACCUAUUAGUCAUGAUCAACAGAAUCCAUCAUCACCUUCUCCAAAAACACGUAAAGAACAUGAUGAUGCUCGUAACAAAAAUAUUUUAUCACCAUCAGCUGAAGGUAAUAAAGUACCAGCACAUGAAGAUGAAAGUGAUAAUGCAGCUGCUGUUAAAAUUCAAGCUGCUUAUCGUGGCUAUCGAAUAGGUGUUUAA